CGGCGUAGCCGCGGUGCAUGCCGGGCUGGAGGCGGACAGCUGUCUUCAGUUUGUGGAGGACCGACGUCAGUGUUUGUGCUGCUCUGGGGAAGAUGGCGGAGGCUGCGGCUGUUCCACCGCAUCGGUUUUUCUGUCACUGUUGUAAGGGAGAAGUGAACCCAAAACUCCCGGAGUACAUCUGUCCGAGGUGUGAAUCAGGGUUCAUAGAAGAAGUAACGGAGGACUCCAGUCUCCUGGAGGGUGGUGCUAACGGGAUAGAUGACACAGCCACACAGUUUGCAGAGCUAUGGCACCUGUUGUUACUGGAGCGGCCAUUCACAACAGACGGCGACACACCCGACUCAGAACCUCGGCUCCCUGGAGGCCGCUUGGGGAGCCUCAGUGACCUGGGGGGUUUGGGAGGGGGACCAAUCGGGGGAUCGGUCCCAGCAGGGCUGGGGGGGCCAAUGGGGGGUCUACUAGGAGCUGGGGAACACUGGGGACCAGGGCGUCCCCCUCGCCUGCACAGCCAGAGGAGAUACCGGUCCAGAGGCAGCAGUAGACCAGACCGCUCGCCUGCUGUUGAAGGGAUUGUACAACAGUUUCUUGCUGGACUCUUUGCCAACUCUGGAGUCCCUGGCUCCCCUCCCCUGUCAUGGACGGGGAUGCUACACUCUAACCCAGGAGAUUACGCAUGGGGACAGGGCGGGUUAGAUGCCGUGAUAACGCAGUUACUAGGUCAGUUGGAGAACACAGGGCCUCCUCCAGCAGAGAAAGAGAAGAUCUCUUCUCUCCCAACUGUCAAUAUCUCUCAGGAACAAGCAGACUGCUGUAUGGAAUGUCCAGUGUGCAAAGAGGAUUUUGCAGUGGGAGAGCCAGUCAGACAGCUUCCCUGUAACCACUUCUUUCAUUCAGAUUGUAUAGUACCAUGGCUGGAAAUGCAUGACACAUGUCCAGUGUGUAGGAAGAGUUUGAACGGUGAAGACAGCAGCAGCCAGCCUCUCUCAGAGUCCCCCUCCCUCUCCAUGGAUCCCCGCACACAGGAGAGAUGGUCCUUCUGAGACACCCACCUGUGUCAUCCCUCGCUCCUCCUCGCCCACAUCCAACAACACACAGAGAAGACUACCGCUUCUCACUUCCCUCUUUUCAUCUCCGUUGCAGUCAUAAUCAUCUCGGUCUGAUAUUUGUUUUUUUUUGUAUUUUAAUUUUUUAUUUUGAUGCCUUUUUCCUCGACCAUGUAUACAGAACCCGUUCAGACGUCUUAACAGCCACCUGAGGUCUGCUGGAUCUCUCUUCUUCUUUUUUUUUGCCUUGUUACAAACCAGCCUAGAUUGAUCAUGAUCAAGCCCAUGUCUUCUCUACUUCCACUUCAAGAAAACUCCUUUUACUAUCUUUUCUGAAAUGCACUGCUGCGAUACACUAUUGUGAGGAAAUGCCAGACUUGAUAUCAUACACCAUACCCUCUUUACUCAAAUAGCUCAAACCUGCAACUGAGCCCUGAAAGGCCAAAAGAUGUACAGUCAGGGUCACUUAAACUCUUGGCAUUUACAUGGUUUGACAACAAGAACCGUUAGACCCCUGCAAUAAAUGUAACAUUUAUGAAGGGGUUACUAAUGCUUAAGUUUUGAGAUUUUUUCACAGAUAUUGCUGUUUAAUGCUCACACUGAAGCUGCAACAUCCAAUGGAAGCAAGGGAUUGCUUACACUCUCCAGCACCAUGAAAAAAUACUGGCAUACCAGUAAGGGAAUAUAAAAAAUAUAUAUAUAUGGAUCUCGGUCAAUUAACAAAAACAUGAAACCUACUCUCACUGGUGUAUAUAUAACAGAUGGCAGCCCUCAUUUUAUUCCUCUGUUUAUGAUUGUCCUUUGUUUCACAUUUUUAUCACUUCUUUCUUUUUGAUGUAAAUAAUUUUAGUCCAACAACUUAUGGUUUGCAAAGGAAAAAAAACAAUGAGAAUGGAGACACAAAUGUGAAAUACCUGGUUAUUGAACUGUAUAUUAUAUAUAUGAAAAAUGUCUAUGAUGUAUUAAUAAAUUGACAAAAAAAAAAAACA